UUUCGCUCGGGCUGCAGCUACACGGUUAUUAUUUUUCCUGCACUCAACGAGUCAAGAGUGUCUCGAGCCGGAAACAGCCUUGCUAAUCGAUUUACUUUUCGGCAACACCAUCGAUCGAGUCAUUUCAGCAAAGGCGGUCACACGUGUCACUGCGGCACAAACGCCCGAUAUUAAUUCGGGGCUUCAGCUUCAACUUCGGGACUCACGUUGGUGACACCGAGGAAGUCAGUGAGAUUUUUUUAAGAGGAGCCGGAUACUCGGCACUCGAUUGAGCGGGACUGGGAAUCAUGGCGCCUUAAGCUUUAGCAGACCCAAAACACCCCAGGACCUCAAGAUGACAGAGCCAGCGCUUCGAAGGGUGGUGACUGACAUCAUCCGAUCACCAGAGGACAAGCGAGUGUACCGGGGCCUGGAGUUCGCCAAUGGUUUGAAGGCAAUUCUUAUAAGCGACCCCACUACAGACAAGUCCUCGGCCGCGCUAGACGUCCACAUUGGUUCACUCUCAGACCCCACCGAAAUUUCAGGCUUGGCCCACUUUUGCGAGCACAUGCUGUUCCUGGGGACGGAGAAGUACCCCAAGGAGAAUGAGUACAGUCAGUUUCUCAGCGAGCAUGCGGGCAGCUCCAAUGCCUUUACCAGUGGAGAGCACACAAACUACUACUUUGAUGUGUCCCACGAGCACCUCCAGGGGGCAUUGGACAGGUUUGCCCAGUUCUUUCUUUGCCCACUCUUUGAUGAGAGCUGUAAGGACCGAGAAGUGAACGCCGUCGACUCGGAACAUGAGAAGAACCUCAUGAAUGAUGCCUGGAGGCUGUUCCAGUUGGAGAAGGCCACUGGGAACCCCAAUCACCCGUUCAGUAAAUUUGGAACAGGGAACAAACUUACUUUGGAGACAAGACCAUCAAAAGAGGGCAUUGAUGUUCGUCAGGAGCUGCUGAAAUUCCACUCCACGUACUACUCCUCUAACCUAAUGGGUCUGUGCGUCCUGGGUAGAGAAUCCUUGGAUGAGCUCACAGAUAUGGUUGUCAAGCUGUUUGCCGAGGUAGAGAACAAGAAUGUCCCUGUUCCAGAAUUCCCAGAGCACCCUUUCCAGGAGGAGAACCUCAGGCAAUUUUACAAAGUGGUGCCCAUCAAAGAUAUCAGGAACCUGUAUGUAACCUUCCCAAUCCCAGACCUGCAGAAGUAUUACAAGUCAAACCCAGGCCACUAUCUGGGUCACUUGAUUGGGCAUGAGGGCCCCGGAAGCCUUUUGUCAGAGCUGAAGGCUAAAGGCUGGGUAAACACUCUGGUGGGAGGUCAGAAAGAGGGAGCAAAGGGGUUCAUGUUCUUCAUCAUCAACGUGGACCUGACAGAGGAGGGCCUGUUGCACGUCGAGGACAUCAUCUUCCACAUGUUCCAGUACAUUCAGAAGCUGCGCACAGAGGGCCCACAGGAGUGGGUUUUCCAGGAGUGUAAAGACUUGAAUACAGUGGCCUUCAGGUUCAAAGACAAAGAACGGCCACGUGGAUACACGUCCAAAAUAGCAGGCCUCCUCCAUUACUACCCUCUGGAGGAGGUGCUGGCUGCAGAAUACCUGCUGGAGGAGUUCAGGCCGGACCUGAUCGAAAUGGUGCUGGACAAGCUGAGGCCAGAGCAUGUCAGAGUUGCAGUUGUCUCUAAGUCAUUUGAAGGCCAGACGGAUAAGACCGAAGAAUGGUAUGGCACACAGUACAAGCAGGAAGCCAUUUCUGAUGAGGUUAUCAAGAAAUGGCAAAAUGCAGACCUGAAUGGCAAGUUCAAGCUCCCUAUGAGGAAUGAAUUCAUACCAACUAAUUUUGAGAUUUAUCCUCUGGAAAAAGAUUCUCCAUCAUUUCCCACCCUUAUAAAGGACACUGCUAUGAGCAAGGUAUGGUUCAAGCAAGACGACAAGUUCUUCUUGCCCAAGGCCUGCCUGAAUUUUGAGUUCUUCAGCCCGUUUGCGUAUGUGGACCCAUUGCAUUGUAACAUGGCCUAUUUGUACCUUGAGCUGCUCAAGGACUCUCUCAACGAGUAUGCAUAUGCAGCCGAGCUAGCUGGCUUGAACUAUGACCUGCAAAAUACCAUCUAUGGGAUGUAUCUGUCUGUGAAGGGCUACAACGAUAAGCAGCACAUUCUGCUGAAGAAAAUCAUCGAGAAAAUGGCCACUUUUGAGAUUGACGAGAAGCGAUUUGACAUCAUCAAGGAGGCGUACAUGCGGUCACUGAACAACUUCCGUGCUGAGCAGCCUCACCAACAUGCCAUGUACUACUUGCGUCUGCUCAUGACCGAGGUGGCCUGGACUAAAGAUGAACUGAAGGAGGCACUUGAUGAUGUCACUCUACCUCGCCUUAAGGCUUUCAUACCUCAGCUGUUGUCACGGUUACACAUUGAAGCCCUUCUCCACGGCAACAUAACCAAACAGUCUGCUUUAGGCAUGAUGCAGAUGGUGGAGGACACGCUUAUAGAGCAUGCUCACACGAAGCCCCUCCUCCCAAGCCAGCUUAUCCGCUACAGGGAGGUACAGGUCCCUGAUGGGGGUUGGUAUGUAUACCAGCAAAGGAAUGAGGUUCACAACAACUGCGGCAUUGAAAUCUACUAUCAGACAGACAUGCAGAAUACUCACGAGAACAUGCUUCUGGAACUCUUCUGCCAGAUCAUCUCAGAGCCCUGCUUUAACACGCUCCGUACCAAGGAGCAGCUGGGUUAUAUCGUGUUCAGUGGGCCACGCCGUGCCAAUGGCGUUCAGGGCCUACGUUUUAUCAUCCAGUCAGAGAAGGCGCCGCACUAUCUGGAGAGCCGCGUGGAGGCCUUCUUGCGGACGAUGGAGAAGUGCGUCGAGGAUAUGAGUGAGGAGGCCUUCCAGAAGCACAUUCAAGCCCUGGCCAUCCGGCGCUUGGACAAGCCCAAGAAGCUGGCUGCCGAGUGUGCUAAGUACUGGGGGGAAAUCAUCUCCCAGCAAUACAACUUUGAUCGAGAUAAUAUUGAAGUGGCAUAUUUGAAGACGCUGACUAAAGAGAAUAUAAUACAGUUUUACAGGGAACUCCUGGCGGUGGAUGCUCCCAAAAGACACAAGGUGUCGGUGCACGUGCUCUCCCGCGAGAUGGACUCCUGUCCAGUAGUGGGGGAGUUCCCAUGCCAGAACGAUGUCAACUUGGCUCCGGCCCCCUCCCUUCCACAGCCUGUCCUGGUGCAGGAUAUGACCGAGUUCAAAAGGAGCCUGCCGCUCUUCCCCUUGGCCAAGCCGCACGUGAACCUCAUGGCUGCCAAACUGUAAUGGCUGAAGGAGCCUGGUCUCUCCCGCCGUCUCCCUCUCGUCCGGCUUCGACAGGAACCACCUGCCGGUCCAUCUGUCGUGUGUGUGUGUGGGUGCGUGUGUGUGUGGGGCAGGAGAGCCAGUCAUGGCUCGGUGCAAAUGUGGUGACGCAAACUUUGUUUUAGAAUGUAUCAUGGUUAAUGAAUGAGGAAGGGGGAAAAAAAAAAGAGAAAAACUGAAGCAUACAUGUAGGGUGAGAGAUAGUUGGAAGAUGUGGAGAUCAGCACUGUUAUCGGUAAAGUGGUCAGAAUUCCUACCAGAGGAAGAGGCUGACAUGGUCAGGUUUAGCUGUGGCAUACAAAGGUCAUGUGCAGGUGACAAGGACAGUUUUUCUAUUUCAGAAUCACUGGGCAGACCCCUCCCCCCCCCGCCCUUUUUUUUUUUUUCCCCUCCCUUCUUCUUGAGGAUAUGAGGCAUGGUAACCCUGUUCACUUGGAGUCCUUUACUUACAUUAAACUGUCCACACAGACAUUUCCUGAAGUAUAUCGAUUCACAGAAGUUCAGCCUUAAAUUAUUAAUCUUUAAAAAUGCUCUGAACUGAUAUAAAACGAGUAAAAUGACAGAGCCCCUUUGAGCAGCUACUUUUUAACCUGCCUUUUAACCAGUGUUUUGUCAUUCUGCCAUCUUCUCAGGGCUACCCCUUCUUGGGCUCAAUUUUAUUUUAAACUUAUAAUAAAACAUUUUAAAUAUUUUAAAUUUUCCUUGCAAUUUUACUUCAAUGUUCUUAUUUGAAUUCCCCCCCCCUCCCUUUUUUUUUUUUUCUUCCUCUUACUGGACACAAUUGGGUCCUGAAUGGGUGGUUCUCUAUUGGUAGUGAUGGAAUAAACAUGAACGUGGCAAUGUGGCAAAGGUUGUACUUUGUGAUGUUAACUUUGCCCUCCAAGUAACUGAGCCCUUCCAGUUACAUCGCUGAUGGGCUCCUUCCACAGUUUUCGGUCACACCUAAAACGGCUUUAAGUGGAUACCUUUGUCGUUUGGGUGAAGAGCGGCCUGCUGGGUCAUUUCUGGAAGAAAACUUCAUAGCCCUGUUUUGGAGCCAUGAGUACCGUGGUAGAGGAUGCAUCUCAUCUGUGUGUGGGAGAAGCAGUGUAGGUGACAACAUGCUGGGUGGAGUGUAUGAGGUGGAGCUGGCAGGUGUGUGUGUGUGUGUGUGUGUGUGUGUGAGAGAGUGUGUGAGAGACUGUGAGAGAGACUGUGAGGUGGUGUUGCUCAUCCAGGAAGCUGCUCUUAGAAACAGGUUCACCUUGUUGUUAAUUUUUUGACCGAUUGCUUUGAAACCUUGUGCAGCACAGUGUUUCGCCGGUUACCGUUCUCACCAUCCCCUCGUGCGUUCGUUCAACUCUUCGAGGGGUUCUGUGUUUUGGCUUGGAUUUAAAAAAGAAAAAAUCCACCUGAGAGGAGUGAUUGGAGUGUCAGUAUUGUGCUUGUAGAUUUGCACUACUCUUCUCAUGAGCAAUAAGAGCCCCUGAGGCCUAAGAGGAGUGAGCUGGAGCCCAUCCUGCUGAGCUGCUCUGGCACCACAGGGGCUCCCACUCUGCACUCUACAAACCCUGGUGCAGGAUGCAAAACCACAACUUGUCUGCAUUUACACUUUCUUUUAUUUACAGCCUACGGAAAGGCAUAGGUUUAACAAAAAUGCAGUGUGUUAGUGUGCAAAUACAGAUGACUCCAUAACUGCACUGACCUCAUCUCUCAGGGCUCGACAGACUUUGCCAAGCCAAAUCACUCCAUAGUCGCUUUUUCCCCCUUUUAUUUUUUUUUACUUAUUUUAUUUUUUUUUUUAAAAAAAAAAAAAAAAAAAUGAUCUGCUCUUUUCUCUUCUAUGUUCUCAGGCUCCUCUAGAAACCACUGUAAUGCUGCAUUUUCUACAAGCGGAAGACUUCUAUUAUACAUUGUAUUUUUUUUUUUUUUUUUUUUUUAAAGAAUUAUGUCCAUCAUGCAGGUUAAAUGAGGUAAUAUUCAUUGCUUGUCCAAGUGUUUUUCCAACAGUACAGCAUGCUUCUUAAUGGCGUUCCAGCAUUUUACUGCGUUUUUACUACAAUGAAGUAGCAUCUCAGGCAUUUUUUCCCCCCUCCCCCCUUUCUCAGUGAAUCCAAAGGCACAACCAUGUUUUAGUAGUAGCACUAGACGUAAGGAGGUUGUAUUUCGGACCUGUCUCUCACUACCUUGUUCACCAGGGUACGAGGGUCAUCAGUGCAGGACUGGCCAGUGAGUCACAAGAAGGGGACGUUAUCUCACAAGUCCUUUGUAACCCAGCCGUUCACAUGCAUAGCUCUUGCAGUUUUCACACAAGUUGACAGCUCUUUAGCUACUCAUGUUGGCUGGGAGAAGUUUGGCCUGUGUUUAGUAUCUGCCCAAUCAUGAAUGAACAUCAGACACAGCUUGAGCUGAACUACUCUUGAUACUCUGCUGUUGAUUUGUUUAGAUUUAAUUGAUGGGUUGUGAUGGAGUGCUUAUACCAUGUACAGGUGGUGUGAAGUGAUGAGUAAAUUUUUUUAAGUCAUUAAACAUAUAAAAUUCUCA